AUGGAUCGCUCGCUUCUGCAUGGCGGUCCUGCUCGUAGUACCGCAGGCUUUCCGCAAGGUCUCACGCAAGGUCACCAGGAUGCGAGGGCUUCCCAAGAUGCGAGAACUUCGCAGGAUGCCGGAACUAAUUUUGCAGUUCAGCCUGCUACGACUCCAGUCACCUUCAAGCUCAAGAAGAAGGCUGUCAAGAUCGUAGGCGCCGCGGGCCCAACACCCACUGCAUCACGACCGAAGGCUCCACUCCGAAUCAGCUCGAGCUCAUCAAUGGCUACGACUUCUGUGUCGACGCCGGCUCCGUCGCCAGCUUCUUGGUUGGGCAAGGCACAACAAGUGGCGCCCAAAGAGAACGAGCAGCUCCCACUUCCGCUGUUUUCAGUCAGUACAGGUCCCACUUCACCUCCUUCAAAGAUUGAAUUGCCCCCACAGCCUACUCUCCCCAGCAGCUCUUUGGACGACAUGUUUGCACGGUUGUCAGCUACAACCCCCGAGCCGUCAAGACCCGCCAAGGAGAUCUCUCUAUCUGGGCCCGAUAAGUCUUUCUUCUCGUUCGAGGAUCGCGCAGACACGGCCGCACCUUCAAGCAAGGGUGUGGAUCAGGGUUCUCCCAAGAGCCAGAUCGAUUCGAAGCCAGCUCCUGCACUUUCGGAGCCUGGAAGCCUCUCGUCUCAGCCAAAGCAAUCUUCGUCCGCUUCUAAGGCGUCUGAAGGCGAGGCAGAGUAUUUUGGCAAAGCAGUCAAAUAUUUCAACACGCUCCCCUCUCGUCCUGGUUCCGCUACGCAUACCAUUCAGACUGUGGCCAACAAGCUGCAUGCUGCCUACGCUCCCGGCCUAGCUAAGAUUCGACCAGAGGAAGUAGAAAAGCUGAAAGCACGAUACUCAUUCGCUAUUGUGACCUUCAUCAACAACAAGGUCAAGCUCAAUCCUAAGCCAGUGACCACAGCCUUCGUGAACAGCGUACUACGCGACAGCAACGGCAACUUCUUGCACCUAUGCGCCGCUUUGGUCACUGACAAAUACAUCGCGCUCGACAGCUUGGAGCACAUUACGAACAUGUGCCGGAACGUUCUCGCCGUGCUUCCAAAGGCAGACGACAGUGUGGUGGCUACCUCCAAGGUCGAUACAGCAGCUGCUCCAGCUAUCACUGUCGCUAAAGCGGAUCCCACGACGCCAGCUGAUCCAAUGGAAAACAUGAAGGCUUGGCCAUCACAAGAGAAGCGUGAACACGGUGCAAUUUACCGGGCAUGUAUUCUCAAAGGUGUCGGUGGAGUCAAGACUCUCAACGAGCUGCAAGCUCUUGUUUGGGGCGGACGCCUAGAGUCGAUUUUCAUGCCAGAGCCUGGAUCAGAGAACGCGGUCGUGAAGUUCCUCACGCCAGAAGGUUGCCAGGCCUACCUCAACGCCACUCAAAAUGGUAUCGAGAUCCAGGGCGGAAUGAAGAAGACCGUCGUUUUCGUGAACCAACAGCCAGAACCGAACUCCAUCAACGAUGUCAUUCAAAACUGCAUCGAUGGCAAUGUGACCCGCUGCAUUCGGGCUACAGGCGCAGAUGAUGACUGGUCGAACGGAAUGCUCUUUAACCUCGCACGCGGCAAACAGAAGAUUCCACGUGACGUUGAGCAUGUCAAGCAAGGAAAGACUGCGCGCGGACAUCACUACAUCGAGAUUCGAUUUGGCAAUGUCCAUCAUGCACUGAAUUUCAAAAAUUAUCUGAUGAGGGACGAGGAGUGGGAGCAGUGCACAAUCACCUACUCCCCCGAUCCUUGCGAGCUUGCGAAAGGCGUGCACUACGAUAGUGCAGAUAACUGA